AUGAAUUUCGAAGACGAUAUUUUUGCUAAUCAGCAACACAUUAUGUCGGAAUGCACGGUUCCCGGGCCGGCAGAAUCGUCGGCUCUUGGGAAGGGCUGUGGAAAUUGUGAAAAAUUGCUUCUUCAGAUUCUCCUUAAGCUUGAGUAUGUCGAGAGAGAGCUGGCGCGGAACAGAACCCUUGAAAAUCGAUUCGACAAGCUUGACUCGGAGUUGGCCAAGAAUAAUAGGCUAGAAACAAUUGAGAGAGACUUGAAGAGGGUAGGAGACUCAACGGUAUCUCUCGCGACUGAUCUCAGAACAUUCUCCGUCGAUGUAACUUCCCGGCUUAAAGAAAUCGACGUAUAUUAA